CUGUCAUCGACCUCCAGCUUAUCUCGGGCCCUCCAAAAAACCGUCUUCAAGUCGAGCCUUGACACACGGAAUCCGGGGAAACGCGGGCCUGUGUUGAUUUUCCAACCCCCUUUUUCCGUACAGACGCUCGCUCUCUGCCUGGCCUUGCCUUAUCGCCGGUUCCAGAAACUCGGAUCCUACCCCCAUUCCCCAGAUUUCAGAUUCGAGAUUACGCACUGAUUGGCGCCAUCAUCCCUGGUUCCCGAAGCUGUUCCUGAGCCAGUCCAUCUUGUUCGGAGAAUUUUAGCACGAGGGAACUUUGUGAGAGAGAGGAGGAACCGAGACCUGGGGCGUGUCUUGCCAUCCCAUAUCGAAAACUCAUUCGCUGUCCCCGCCCAAGCUUUUUCCGAGUGCCGUGGUGCAGCACACGUUGGCACUCAACCCGCAUUAGGUUCUUCCCCGAAUCCGCUCCUGGGCAGGCCCCGCAUCAACAAAGGCUCACCACUACCAACCACUACCGGAAACCCCCCCCCCUGCCGAGCCCUCUACACUACCUACCUACAUACGACGGCGUACCUUGCACAAGAGUCACAGUCACAGACGCUCAACACGCACACUCUCACUGGCAGAACAAACAACGUCUGCCAGUGCAACUAAUUCUGUACAAUCAGGGAAGGAAGAAGGACAUGGCAGACAAGAUGUCUAUCGAUAAGCACGAUCCCACCAAAGACGAUAGUGAAGACUCGCAGAUGGAGUCUAGUCCCGAGAGAGAAAGAGAGGGAGAGGCACCUGGUGGUGAGGCCAAUGGCCCAAAUACAGGUACCUCGACGAAAACCGCUGCUCCCCAAGAAAACCAACAGCCCAAGCGCAAAGGCGGCCGCAAGCCGAUCUAUGCCACGUCCGAGGAACGGAAGCAGAGGAACCGUCAGGCUCAAGCUGCAUUCCGUGAGCGCAGGACUGAGUACAUCAAGCAGCUUGAAGAUGCUAUCCGCACCCACGAGCAAAACCUUGCCAAUCUGCAGGCUGCUCACCGACAUGCCGCUGACGAAUGCCUGAUGCUUCGUUACAAGAAUUCGCUUUUGGAGCGCAUCCUCCUUGAGAAAGGCAUCGAUGUUCAAGCCGAGCUCCAAGCCAAGACGGGCAGUCCAAAUCUUGGACCUACUCAUAUGCCCCAAAACUUGGUACAGCAGCCGCCGAUUCAGCGGGCUCUCCUGAAUAGACACCAUGCCCGCAGAUCGCAGUCGAGCAUCGCUCCUAAACUCGAACCCGGGAUUCCUAUCUCUCCCCUGCCACCUCCGGUUCAUUCUCACGCGUCAGCUCUAUCGCCCAAGAGUCGGCCAACACCACUAUCGCAUUCGGCCUCACCAUCAACGACAGCAACCUUUGGUUCCCAUAGCGGCGCAUCACCGGUCACUUCCGACGGCAUGAUUCCCCCGAUUCGCCCGCAUCUCCCACCCGCUUCAGCAUUAAAGAUCCACCCGCCUUCGCAAUUGGGUAACGGAGUGCCCGGUCUAGCUCAGCAACAACGCCAGAUGCAGAUGCCUGGCCUUCAGCAAGGACAGAACCACAUGAGGAACAGCGUUGGCGGAAACACGAAUUCGUUCUACCCCACGCCUUCCUUCCAGAAUCAUAUUGAGCAACUCGGCUCAUUCCGUAAUUCAGAACAGGAGUACGACGCCGCAGCCGAGAUGAUGGACGACCCCGGCGAGACCCCCGAUACUCCAAGCGGACCUGGCCCCUAUCCCGGCCAAGCAUACGGCGGCGACCCCCAAGCAAUGUCACUUUCGUCCCCUGUCACCUCCGGUCCUCAAGGAAACCAGCAGUCACCGAUCGAAAACGGCUCUCAUCAACAGCAUCCUGCGUACCCGCCAAUGGCCCAGCUUCUCGAUCACCAAUACGACUUUGGCGAUCCUUUCGGUUUGAGUGCUAGCAUGGCUUUUCCGACACAGUUCUCGUUCGACACCAGCAACAUGCGGUAGAAGAGACGGAGAGAAAGGAGGAUAAUGGCAUGGCUUAGGGAGAGGAGGUAUCGCGGGAUGUUAUGGGUUUCACCGUUACCCGAUUCGACAGACAUCUGUUUAAAAUUCGACAUACUGAAAAAUUUCACAAACCGGCACAUCACACAUAGCCGGGUCAGCAACUGCACAGCAAUCGAGAAAGGAGGUUAUAUAAAAAAUAGGUGGGCACGAUGGCCGCUUCGGACGAAUGACGACAACGCGAGAAGACACAACAACAACAAAAGUACGACCGGAAAAGUUAAUGUUUUUAAAAGAUACCCGUGAAGCAGUGAGCACUGGGUAUAAUUCACAAUCAGCGGGUUUUGCCCUCUUUUUAUGGGAGAGACAAACCCGUCUCCCCACUCUUUUGUUCCCUCUUUUGGAUAUUUUUUGAGAUUUUGUUUGUGUUGGUCACUGGCUUUUGGUGAUGCCAGCAUGUUUUGAUACCUUGUAUGCGUCUGCUUUCACUGUAACUGUACCACAAAACAAAAAUGGUGUUCAAAAUCGGAUACUUUGAUUCAUAUCACAGAAGGAAAAAGGAGUUUUCUCAAUCUCAUCAAAAAGCAUGGUGUUUGGACCCGGUGUUUGAUAUGUUCAACUGUCAAUUUCUGUCUGGGCUAUCAGCGAUUGAGGUUGGAAAAUAGGAGGUCAGCGCAGCAUGACAAUCAACUUGUCAUCACGAUGAGAAUCUACGGAAUUGUUGACCAACGAAAAACGCGGGGGGAAUACCACGAGACCGUUGAGGCUACGGCAGAUGACAAGCCUCGCCAUGGGGAGCAGGACAUGUUGUUUACAUUACCUUGAACCGUCUACCUGAUGUAAAUAGCCAGAUCAACGUCACCUACCAUCAGACAGGAUCAUCAGGAAAUACUACUAAACAAAAGUUACAUCGAAG